AUGGUCACCAUUUCUGAAAACACCUACUCCAAAGUGCCGUCCCACCUGCCUCGUUUGCACCGGAAAUCCGGUUCGGGCCCUCUGCCCGACAUGGCGCCUCCAGAGGGUGCCUCAUCCAACGCCACCGAAUCUUUCACUGAGGCGUUUCUUCGUGCUUCCAGACCUCAAUACCAGCUCCCCACACCUAGUGCCUCUGUCACCACUUCUAUGGCCGAGACAAAGGAGGAGAGCAAUGAGAAGGUCGAGGAAAUCCGCCUUAUGGACUUUAUUGACGUGCCUUCCUUAGUGUCUGAUGAUGAAGAGGAGGACUCUGAGGCUGAAAGCCACCACUCUUCUAAGGAUGCCACCCAGUUUCCUAGGCCUACUGCCAAACUGCCUCCAGCACUGGCUGCUGCCGAGGUGGUGAAGCGGUCGCUUAAAGAAGAAGCUAUUCCUGAGCCCGAACCAGAAACAAAGGAACCCGAGAAGGAAGAAUCUAAGCUGACAAUAUCCGAAGCUCAGUUUCGCUCGGAAAGGUCCCAACUUAUGAAAAUUGCCGUCAAGUAUGUGGCGAUGAAAAUCACCAACUCGUUCCCACCCGAGUCGGCUCGAAAGAUCGACCCAACAGAGAUGCCCUUGGACACAUUUCUCCUAAUCCUCACAAGCCGCUUACAACUCACUUUGCCGCUAUUUAUGAAGGGUAUUAUUUACUUGUUCAGAUACAUGGACAUCAUCUACCUUUUGCGGUACUUGAAUCAGUCGAACAACUUUCUCAAUUACACAGAGAUGGGAUUCGGCCUCAAGAAGCUUAUUGUCGGCUGUUUUAAGUUGACGCUAGCCAGAGAGAGAAUUGGUAAGAAUUGGAGUGGUGUCACGGGCUUGGCUAAUUCUGAGAUCAACACCAUCGUUAAGACGGUUGUGAAGCGCUUGAACGGCAAGCUAGCCAUCAAGAACAUCGAGCUUCUCAGAUUGAAGUCCGAGAUUUAUCGCUUCGUCAAGAUGGUUGUCAAAGAAACCAACUAA